GACGUCAGGUGCGCACGUGGCCCCCGGUUGCGGGCUCGCGCCGCCGGUCCGAGCUCGCGCCGCCCGGUGCGGCCCCUUCCUCACUUCCCCCCCCAACCCCCCUCAUCAUCUCCCGCAUCCGCGCCAUGAGGCUGCAGCCGGAGCGGUGCCGAGGCGAGUGGCGGGAGCUGGAGGAGGAGUUCCGGCAGCUGCAGGAAACGCACAAAGUUUACAGGCAGAAACUGGAGGAGGUGACCAGCUUGCAGACGGCCUGCAGCACGUCCAUACAGCGGCAGAAGAAGACGCUCAGGGAGCUGAAGCACAACCUGCAACGGUGCAAGCCCAGAGCGAGUCCUGAGGAGUUUGCUCUCAUUCAGGAGAUCAGCACCCAGAUCAAGGAGAGGCAAAAUGCCUUUUUUGACAUGGAAGCCUACUUGCCCAAGAAGAACGGCUUGUACUUGAACCUGGUGCUGGGAAAUGUGAAUGUAACUCUCCUGAGUAACCAAGCAAAGUUUGCCUACAAGGAUGAAUAUGAGAAGUUCAAGCUUUAUCUGACAAUAAUCUUGUUACUCGGGGCCAUCGCCUGCAGGUUUUUUCUCCACUACAGGGUGACAGAUGAAGUGUUUAACUUUCUGUUAGUGUGGUAUUACUGCACACUGACGAUACGGGAAAGCAUUCUCAUUAGCAAUGGCUCCAGGAUCAAAGGCUGGUGGGUGUCUCAUCACUACGUCUCCACGUUCCUGUCUGGAGUGAUGUUAACGUGGCCAGAUGGACUCAUGUACCAAAUGUUUCGCAGUCAAUUUUUAGCAUUUUCAAUAUUUCAGAGUUGUGUUCAAUUCCUACAGUAUUAUUAUCAAAGGGGCUGCCUCUAUAGACUCCGUGCUUUGGGGGAGAGAAACCACUUGGACCUUACAGUGGAAGGAUUCCAGUCCUGGAUGUGGCGAGGGCUGACGUUUCUCCUUCCCUUCUUGUUCUUCGGGCACUUCUGGCAGCUAUAUAAUGCAAUCACACUUUUCGGAUUGUCGAGGCAUAAGGAGUGCAAAGAAUGGCAGGUUUUCGUGUUGGCGUUCACGUUUUUGCUGCUCUUCCUCGGGAACUUCCUCACGACUCUCAAAGUGGUGCACACUAAACUCCAGAAGAACAAAGACAAAACGAAGAAGCUGUGAAGCCCCCUCCCCGGCAUUGGCUUUGGGACCGAUCCCGCUCCAGACCCCAGCUGAGCCGGGGACGGGCUCGCAGGGACUCGUCUGUCCCCGUUUUGGCGAAGGAUACGGACUCUGCCAGCACAGACUCAGUAUUACGCAAGCAUGGCUCUGCAGUCCUGCUCUUUACGUAUAUUUAAUACACAGUGUGUUUGCGUUCUUUUUUCCUGUAUAUAGAGCAGCAUGCGCCUGCCCAGCGAAGCGCCAGCGUUGGGAGAAUGUGUGAUCUACUGUAAUUCCAAUUCUGGAAUGAUAUUUAACACUUUCCAAUUUUAUUAUUUGAAUUCUGGGUACUGGACUUGCGAAGGUUCACGGACACUCCAGGUUGGUCAGUAAUACGGACUAAAUGCUGUGUUUUAAAGGCAUUUGCUUAGACAUAUUUUCAGUGGCAAUACUAACCUGUGUGUACUGUGAAAAAAAUGCCCAUCUUUGUACCAUACUGCUGCUAUAUACACUUUAAAAAAGCUAUUUAAAGAAGAGAAAUCUUCUUUUGGAAACAAAAUCAAGCAAGCAAAACCAGCUGUGAAAAGGCAGGGAACUCUGCUAUCCUUCUAGGGAGACCAGGUCAUCUGUCCAGGCCUGGAAAAGACACAAAAUAAACCAUUCAAUACACA